UUGCACAAUCCCAAUUGUAUUAUAUUUCAUUUACGUAUCUUACAUUCAUACAGGAUUGCUUUGGGUCAAAAUAUCUCUUAUGGUUUAUUUCUAUCGGGAUUUUGUUCUCAAUAACAUCGGUAAGUACUGCAUUGAAAUAGUUAUGGCUGUUGGGUUAGAAAGAAAUAUUUUUUAGAACUUUUUUUGUAAUUUUCUCUUGAAUUUAGUCGGGUAUGAAAAAAUUAUAAAAUCUGUUCCCAUUACUUACAAAUAAAAGUUUUAAACGAUUUUUCCCAACCCAACAGUUUCAAUCCAAAUUGGAUAUAGCUACCUAUAUUUUAUUGAAUUAAUCAUUACUCAUCAGCAGGGUUCAGAACUUAUAGCUUUUAUAAUCAUCAAAAUAAAAAUCUGCUGAUGACUCUUAUUUGCGUGUUGUCUCUACUGAUAAUUGCCUUCAUCUUCAAAGUGAUCUGAAUAAAUUUGUAGAUUGGUUUGAAAAUAUUGGAUUAUCCUUCAUUAUAUCUAAAUGUAAGAUUUUAACUAUCACACAAAGUUUCUUCGUCAAAUCCUUUCUACUGUUCCUUGUGUUUUCACGACAAUUGUUUAAAAAAAAUAGUAAUAAAAAUAUACAUAACGGUUUUUAAUGACAACCAUCUUUUUAAUUUUUGAAUCUUUUUUAAAUUUUUCCUUAUUAUCUUUAUUAUAUUAAGGUUAAUGAAAAUUAAAAAAAAAAUGAUCUUCCUAAAGUACCAACUAAAGUCAAAAUGCAACAAAAAAGGUCUCUUGUCAUGUUUUGGUUGGAGCAAGAUUUCUAGGAGAAUAGUUGUUUACAGAUAAAAAAAAUAAAUAAAAAAAUACACAUUAUAAUAAAACCAAUACAUCAUUCACUUCACUCAGAGUUUAAAACGAAAAUUAACUAAAAUAUUUAAGUAGUGGUACAUGUCAUAAUUAUGUAUAGAUAUAUAAAGAAAAAAAAUAAUCAGAAAAACUAGAAAAGAGCAAUUUGUCUAAAAACAAUUGAAAUAAUCCAAAAAAACACAUUUUCAAAUUUUAUAUUUGAGAUCAUUGUAACAUGGCAUGAGUUUCUAUAGUAUUCUGUUUGAUUUUAUAAAAAAAUAAGCAAAUGCUUAAAGUUCUGAACCUUGCUCAUCAAGAAUGUGGAAUAUUGAGAAUGUGUAUUUAUGACGUUUAAUAAUUAACAAAGUAAUGGUUUAUUCUGUUACCAACCUUAUAUAGGGUUAUUUUUUUAUCAUGAAUCAGCAAUUAUCUCUGAGAAUUUUAAGUAAAAUUGAUUUCUGUUUUUUUUUUUUUAAUGUUUAUGGAAUUAUGUAAGCUUUAUUUUAAAAAUAUUUUUAAUAGAUAUGCAAUUUAUUACUCUUCCCUACUCCUUCGGUCUAAACUUUAAACUGUUAUAACUCAUAAAUGGUAAAUCUGAUACUAGUGUUAUGCAUAUAAAAAUUUCAAGACAAAUAUUCUUUAUUCAAAUCUGUGUUCAAAAGGGGGUUUCCUAUUUGAAAAUCAAAAGUAUGCAAUUAUUCAAGGUAUAUGGGAUAGGGUAAAAAAUUAAAAAUGGUUUUAAAAUAAAGAUUAGAAAAAACGGAAAUAAAAUUCACUUAAAAUCCUCUGAGGUAACUAUUGGUUCAUGAUAAAAAUCACCCUGUAUAAUUGUCAACUAUAUUUAAGUAAAUAUUUUUAUAUAACAUAUCUAUUUACAUGUGUAUUUUUAAUACCUUAUAAUAUUGUCAACCUACAAGAUUUGAAAAUAUACAUCUUAAAAAGAUUUUAACUAGAAAAGCACAUAAUAAUAAUAAUUUAGGUAGGUAAAUGUACAACUGUUUAAAAUACCUACCUACUACAUGUUACAUUUUCAAAAUUACACUUAUAAAGUUAUAACCCAACAUAAUUUAAUUACAACUCUCAUUUUUAUUAAUAUCCAGUAUUAUGAAGCGACAUUUAAAUAGUAAAAAAAAAAUAAUGUACCUUAAAUGAGGUAAACAAUUUUUUUUCACCUGGUUAAAACACACAUUUAAAAAAAUGAGCUGCCAAAGUAUAGUCUGAAUCCCUCUAAUGACGGCCUUUAAAGUAUAUAAUUCACAAAUUGUAUUUUUAAUUUCUCUGAAAAUAACCCCAGUUGACAUUACAUACAUCAACAUAACAUAACAUUAGACUCAUUAUAUCUAAAAGUAUAUUACAUCAUUCAAGAAAUAAGAUAAGUAUUCCUAAAAUAUUAUAUCUCUGUCAUUUAGUCACCCUUAUUUUAAGGAGUGAAAUCACUAGGUACCUACUUUUGAUUUUCAAAUAUCUAUCUGUACUAAAAAUUUUAUAAAGAAAUAGAUUUUAAUUUAUACACAUUUUAGAGUUGAAAUCUCCCCCCACCCCUCAAAACUUAAAAGUGGAUUAUCUCUUCAAACGUUUGACAGAAAUUAAAAAUAUCACCACCAAAAUUGAUUUAAAUUAAUAUUCCAUCUAUCUAUGAAAUUUGUAUUAUAGUAUGUCAUUUGCAAACAAAAUUAGGAAAUAAUUUUUUCUCCUAAAAUAAAUGUGACAAAAAAUAGUAAAGUAACAUUUUAGUUACUUAUUUUUAAGUAAUCUAAAAAUUAAAUUACAAAAAAAGUUAAUACAUUCCAAGAUAAAUAUUGGGUGUCUUACGUUAUGUUAAUCUCCUUGCUGAUUGCUAUUAAUUUUAAAAUAAUAAUAACAAAAUUGCUUAAACAAAAUUUAGUGAAUCAAAUAAUCUUAAAAUAGCUAACACCUAGUAAUUUGUGAUUUAUUUAAGUAUAUCUUUUAUACGUUAAGAAAAACAAAUUAACUUUUAGAUUAUAUCUAUAAAACUGUCGUUUUCCAAUAAAUAUUCAUUGAAUAAUUAAAUAUACUCUGUUUCGUUAAAGACACUACAUUUAAGUACAAAUUUGUAAUACAAUACUUUGUUCAAAAAUAUAUUACAAUUUAUUAAUUAACUUAACAUUUAAUAAAAACAUUUUAUUCUUCUUAAUUAAAAUUAUUAUAAUAUUUCAUUAAGUAAGUUUAUUAUUAAUUGUGCAAGGUCUAUUUUAUUAUAAAAUGUAGCUUUUUUUAUUUUUAUUAAUAUACAAUAUAAAAAAGUAUUAAUACAAUUUAAAAUAAGUGUACAUAAAAUAUAUGAUUAUUCCUUUUAUUAACUUCAUUUAUUAUAUUUGUAUUUUUUGUUACACAGAAGAAUCGAAAUCAUAGAACACAGCAAUAUGGGUAUUCGUGGACUAAUGUCUUUUAUGCAUAAAAAUUCUACUCUAUAUUUUGAAAAUCACCAACUUAAAGAUACUUUAGUAAUAGUUGACGGAUAUAGUUUGACCUGUUUUCUAUAUCAAUUGUAUGAAAAUAAUACGAGUGCAUUUGGUGGUGAUUAUGACAUUAUAACGAAAUUCUGUGUAGAUUUUAUUAACUUACUUCUAAGAUGCAAUGUAACACCAAUUUUUAUAUUUGAUGGUGCUUAUGAACAACGUAAAAUUAAAACAAUUAUCUGUCGUAAGAUUGAACGAAUUCAAGUUUAUUCCCGACCUAUUAAAACAAGUAGAUGUAUGCCAUGUUUUGGUUGCGAUGUUAUUUUUGAAAUUCUUAAUGACAUGGAUAUACCACAUAUAAAAUGUGAUUUUGAAGCAGACGCUGAAAUAGUAGUUUUAGCCAAAAUAUUAAAUUGUCCUGUAAUUAGUCUUGAUUCUGACUUUUAUGUAAAUGUUGUACCAUACAUACCAUUAGACAUGAUUGUUCUUGAUUUUAAAUCUACAGAAAAAUUUAUAAACUGUAGAUUGUAUAAAGUCGAAUACUUAUUAAAUCAGUUUGGUGGACUGAAUAUCGAGUAUUUACCUUUAGUGGCAUCACUAUUAGGAAAUGAUUACAUAAGACCAGAUACUUUUUCAUCAUUAUUACGAAUAAGUCCCGACACCUAUAACUGUGGAUUAAAACUAAAACGAAUCAUAAAUUGGCUUAAGAAUCAAAAAGACGUAAAUACUGCAGUACAGAAUAUGACACGAAACUUGUUUUAUAACAAAGCUUACAUAUUCAAACAAAUAAAAACCAUUAUAAAUGAGUUUAAAAGGAAGGACAGCAAAUAUUUAUCAUUUCUUCUUCGAUAUAAAAGAAUGAGUAAAUAUCAAGAUUCUUUGAAAAAAUAUAUAAAAAAUGAAAAAAGUAUUCUCCCAAGUUGGUUGGAAUGCAGUUAUCGUAAAGGAAUCAUAAAUUCUGAGGUAAUGAAUAUAUUUGCUUCAAAUACUAUUUUUUUCAGAACACAAAUUGACGACUUUGAAAAACCUCCUAGUUUUAAAAUUUCUUUCAAGAUUUUGAAAAGAAUAAUUGGAUUAAUACUUGGAAAAAAUCAAUCAGUUCAGUGUUUUGGUAGAAUAAAUGGAUCAAAUUUAGGUCAAUACAAACUUACAGCAUACAUAAAAAAACCUUGUGUAACAUUAGCUGAUUUAAACAAGACUAAUUUAGAAUAUCGCAAGAAUAUAAUUUUAGACUUGAUUGGUAUGAAGUUUCUUAAUUUUUUUAAGAUUCCAAAAGAAUGGGAGUUAUUUAUUAUUAUUUUAAUUUACUGGAUUAAUCAAACAAAUAACCAUAAUUCUGUACAAGUGCAUGCUUUAAUUAUAUGUGCCAUAAUAUUAAAUAUACAUAAAAUUGAAGUACAAUCGCAACAUAAAACACUUGAAAAAGAGAGUAUUAUUAAAGAAAAUAUCACUAAAGUAAAAAACGAAGAUUGUAUAAAAGCUAAAAGUAUUUUGUCAGACUAUUUUAAAGUUACUUCAUACAAUGAUAAGAAUAUGUACACCAAAAUUAUGCACUCAUUAGCUCAAUUUCAAUAUUGUGCUUACUAUUUUAUGAUAUUGAAUUCAUUACUUAAUUUUCCAUAUAAACAAUGCCGAAUUGAUAAUUUUUUCAAAGGAUCUUUGUUAUAUAAUUUAAGUGUAAAGUUGGAAAAGGAAAAGCAACCAGAAUUAUUUAUUACAAAACAACUUUUUGAAAAAUUAGAUUCUAUAAAUAUUGUUUACCAGUCUUUAACCAAUCAAUUAGAGAUAUUACUAACAGUUUCAAAGCCAAGAUUAAUGCCUGACACAAGAAACUGUUUUAGACCAAAGCCAAAAAGAAAGUAUAAUAAAUCAAAAAAUAAUUAUUAAGAUAUUAAUACAUCUAUAAUAAUUUAGAUGUUUCUGUACUAUUUUAAAUGUGUAAUUAAGAAAAUGUCCUAUUUUUUACCUUUUAGUUGUACAAUUAUUUAGAUUUUAUUCAUAGUAACGAAUAACUACUUAUUGUAAUUCAAGUUGACAUUAAAAACUAUUCAAGAC